AUGGCAGUCGAGGCGCCGGACGCUCCCAGGGAUGCCAUGUGGGAAGUGGAGAGGGCUAGACGGGCACAGCCUCAGGGCCAGCGACCAAUUCCAGCGACACAGACGUCGCCCGAGCUCGCCCAUCCCAUUCCACGAAACAAGAGAGAAAGCUUGACGUCGGGACGCAGUUUAUCACGCGGAAGUAGUUCUGGCGCCGUCGUCCAAGGCCAGUGGAGCGGUGCGCGCCAUGCGGCCCUAAUUUACAGUGGGUGCAACUUUUUAGCCCCCGACGCCAGCGCAGUAGCUGAAGCGCCUGCUGAAGCCUCGCUGGAUCAAGAGCGCGAGUCGUACGAGAAUGCGUUCAUCCUGCUUAGGCGUCGGGGAGCUACUGUGAUUGCCGAAGGCCCUUGA